AAGUGCCGCCUUCCCGGAAGUUCCCGGCUAGCUGGCCGAGCCGGAGCUCGCUGCAGCGCUACCCGCCGCGGGGUAUGGUUCUGCGGUUUGGGUGACCGCAGGAGGCCCGACCCGGGGCCGGGGUGUGCGUCCGGAGGAGCUGGGCGGCGGGAUGAUGGAGGAGGAGGACCUGGAGUUCGUGGAGGAGCUGGAAGCGGUGCUGCAGCUCACGCCCGACGUGCAGCUCGCCAUCGAGCAGGUAUUUCCAAGCCAGGAUCCUCUAGAUCGAGCAGAUUUCAAUGCUGUGGAGUAUAUCAAUACCCUGUUCCCCACGGAGCAAUCUCUGGCAAACAUAGACGAAGUUGUGAACAAGAUUAGACUGAAAAUAAGGAGACUGGAUGACAAUAUUCGAACUGUUGUAAGAGGUCAAACAAAUGUGGGACAAGAUGGCAGGCAAGCACUUGAAGAGGCCCAGAAAGCGAUUCAGCAACUCUUCGGCAAAAUCAAAGAUAUCAAAGACAAAGCAGAAAAAUCAGAGCAAAUGGUUAAAGAAAUCACCCGUGAUAUUAAGCAGUUAGAUCAUGCCAAACGCCACCUGACCACCUCAAUCACAACGCUGAACCACCUGCACAUGUUGGCAGGCGGCGUCGAUUCCCUCGAAGCCAUGACCAGGCGGAGGCAGUAUGGAGAAGUGGCUAAUCUUCUUCAGGGUGUGAUGAACGUUCUGGAGCACUUCCACAAGUACAUGGGAAUUCCACAGAUCCGGCAGCUUUCCGAAAGAGUGAAGGCUGCCCAGACUGAGUUAGGACAGCAAAUCCUGGCUGAUUUUGAAGAAGCAUUUCCUUCCCAGGGUACCAAGAGGCCAGGAGGACCCAGCAAUGUCCUACGAGAUGCAUGUCUGAUUGCUAAUAUUUUGGACCCCCGAAUCAAACAAGAAAUCAUUAAAAAGUUUAUUAAACAGCAUCUGUCAGAGUAUCUAGUCCUUUUUCAAGAAAAUCAAGAUGUUGCCUGGCUGGACAAAAUCGACAGGCGCUAUGCCUGGAUAAAACGCCAGCUUGUGGACUAUGAGGAGAAAUUCGGCCGAAUGUUUCCACGUGAGUGGUACAUGACCGAGAGGAUUGCAGUAGAGUUUUGCCACGUCACAAGGACAGAACUUGCCAAGAUUAUGCGGACCAGAGCUAAGGAAAUUGAAGUGAAAUUGCUUCUUUUUGCUAUUCAGAGAACAACUAACUUUGAGGGAUUUCUUGCAAAACGCUUCUCUGGCUGCACUCUGACAGAUGGUGCCCUGAAAAAACUCGAGUCUCCACCCCCAUCUACCAAUCCCUUCCUGGAAGAUGAGUCAACACCAGAGAUGGAGGAACUGGCGAUGGAGAAAGGAGAUUUAGAUCAACCAAAGAAGCCUAAAGCCCCAGACAAUCCAUUUCAUGGCAUUGUUUCCAAGUGUUUUGAGCCUCAUCUCUACGUGUAUAUUGAGUCCCAGGACAAAAACCUCGGGGAGCUGAUAGAUCGGUUUGUGGCGGAUUUCAAAGCCCAGGGGCCACCUAAGCCCAACACUGAUGAAGGGGGUGCCGUGCUCCCCAGCUGUGCUGACCUCUUUGUGUACUACAAGAAGUGCAUGGUGCAAUGCUCUCAGCUCAGCACCGGGGAGCCAAUGAUCGCUCUGAGCACCAUUUUCCAGAAGUACCUCCGAGAAUAUGCCUGGAAAAUCCUCUCUGGCAACCUGCCCAAAACCACAAGCAGCAGUGGAGGGCUGACCAUCAGCAGCCUCCUCAAGGAAAAGGAGGGCUCCGAAGCAGCCAAGUUCACCCUGGAGGAGCUCUGCCUCAUCUGCAGCAUCCUGAGCACAGCAGAGUACUGUCUGGCCACUACCCAGCAGCUGGAAGAAAAACUCAAAGAAAAAGUUGAUGUAAGUCUGACUGAACGAAUCAAUCUGACUGGAGAAAUGGACACAUUCAGCACUGUCAUCUCGAACAGCAUCCAGUUGUUGGUUCAGGACCUGGAUGCUGCCUGUGACCCGGCCCUGACUGCCAUGAGCAAGAUGCAGUGGCAGAACGUGGAGCACGUUGGUGACCAGAGCCCCUAUGUCACCUCUGUCAUUCUUCACAUUAAGCAGAACGUGCCCAUCAUCCGUGACAACCUGGCUUCAACACGGAAAUACUUCACUCAGUUCUGCAUUAAAUUUGCAAACUCCUUCAUUCCCAAGUUCAUCACCCACCUCUUCAAGUGCAAGCCAAUUAGCAUGGUGGGAGCAGAACAGCUGCUGCUGGACACCCAUUCCCUGAAGAUGGUCCUGCUCGAUCUGCCUUCCAUUGGCUCCCAGGUGGUGAGGAAAGCGCCUGCCAGUUACACUAAGAUUGUUGUGAAAGGCAUGACCCGGGCGGAGAUGAUCCUCAAGGUAGUGAUGGCCCCUCAUGAACCCUCGGUGGUGUUUGUUGACAACUACAUCAAACUCCUUACAGACUGCAACACAGAAACCUUCCAGAAGAUACUGGACAUGAAGGGGCUGAAGAGGAGCGAGCAGAGCAGCAUGCUGGAGCUCUUCCGCCAGCGGCUCCCCACCCCGCCCGCAGGGCCCGAAGCCUCCAGCUCACUGUCCCUGCUGGCUCCCACACCAGAACAGGAGUCUUCUCGCAUCCGCAAACUGGAGAAGCUCAUUAAAAAGAGACUGUAGGGCGCCGGCCAGCGGCCCGCAGCGCCCGGCUCCUGGGAGCCCCACCCUCCCGUGCUCAGCCUGACUCUCAGAUGUCCAUCUUGAAACUUCCCGGGACUUUUGGGUUGCUAGUGUGUGUCUCCCAAGCCCUGUCUUACUUCCUGUCCUAAUCGGAAAAGCCCCGUCAGGGCCCGGUUAGCAGAAGGCAGUCUCGGUGGCUCUGGAUCCUGCAGCAGAGGCAGGCUGGGUGAGCGGCCUUGCCCUUCCCUGUUGUUUCUGGGCUGUUCUCACUGGUCCGUUGUCACAGACUCCGUAGCCUCCCUCCCUCUGCAGCCGCACCCUCUGGCCAGGGGCCCUCUUCCUCACAUGCACCCGUCCAGGCAGCUUCGGUGACCAAGCCUGGGUCUCCGCCUUCCUCCGUCGGCUGCUGUCUGAGGGGGCUCUAGGGCCCGAGUUCAUGAAAUGGCAGGUGCCGGGUAGGAAACCAGCCUUUCUUUAUGACGGAAAUGGAAGCAGGACCACUCUUGCGUGUGAACCCCAGUUUGGGUACAUACUUUGUUUCUGGUACUUUUCGAUUGGCCAGGUUCUCCCUGUAUUCUCAUUUCUCACGCAUCUCCAGUUCGCUCUCUAUGUGCAUCCGAGAAGAUCCCCUGUGUCUCUCACCCAGGACGGCACAUGUCGGCCUUGGAAGCAGGUGCCCUCUGUGCCCUGGGCUCCUGGCCCGGCUGCGGGGCAGGCCCAUGUCUGACGGAGAGAGUUCCAGGCUGGGCGCACUCACUGCUUGACAGAAGGUUAUUUCCUCCGUUUCUUUAUUCCUACUCUACGCCUGACUUCGAGGGGAGGAGUGGCCUUUUUCCUAGAAAAAUGUCCUAGGCUUUCUCCUUAGAUGAAGCUCUGGGGCAGCCCAGGCGGCCUCUAAUUCCUUUCCUGCCCCUCCAUGUCCAAAUCCAAAGUACGUUGCAGGAUCGCCUGAAAACAGCAGAGGCGAUGCGCAGGGCCAGAGUGAUGUGUUACUUUAUGACCAACGGAAAGACCCAGGUCCUGAGGAGCGGACACUUACCUUAACCCCCACCUCAGGCGCCCCUGACCUGGCCCUACCGUCCUGCCCUCCACGCUCUGGGCCAGUGCAGCUUGCAGGAGAGAAUCGCCCCACAGGACUGUUUCAGUCUGCCCCUCACCCCGCGUCAGGAGGACGGGUAAUGGAGUUGCCCAGGUUCACCUGGUUCCUCCCGUUGCAGGUGCAGCCGGCCGGCCGGAGGCUCAGAGCUUAGCGGGGACUCACUGAUAUGGCCUCAGAGACCCGUCGUCUCAGCGUUUGUUCAGGAAUUCUGAACGAGAUGUUGGCAGGGGGGGCGAGAGCGAAGGAGGACAGUGGAGCUUCUUACAGAGGAUGUCCACAUCAGGCCCCAGGAUAAAACUGGGACAGCAAAUAGCACUCAGGAGAGAGGACGUUUCCUAAAAAUUCAUGAAACUGCCUGGCUGGCUUGGCUCAGUGGUUGAACUUCGACCUAUGAACCAGGAGCUCACGGUUCGAUUCCCGGUCAGGGCUCAUGCCCAGGUUGCGGGCUUGAUCCCCAGUGGGGGGCAUGCAGGAGGCAGCCAAUCAAUGAUUCUUUCUCAUUGUUAAUGUUUCUCUCUCUCUCUCUCUCUCUCUCUCUCUCUCUCUCUCUCUCUCUCUCUCUUCCUCUCUGAAGUCCAUUUUUUUAAAAAAAAAAAUUCAUAAAACUUGUGAUAGCCGUCCAAUAGGAAACGUUAAGGUUUGAAAAUGUGACCAGAACCUGACUCUGUCUCCCCUUCUGUCUUCCCACUGUAACCACUGCCUCUGCCCUUCCCCUCCAUCAGCCUCUCGCCCAGACUCCCCCUGUGGCCCAGCUUUCAUCCUGUGCCUCGUUUCUUCACCCGCUUCCAGCUGUUGUUGCUAGUGCGUCUUCUUCAUGUACUGAGCAGCUCAGACUCGAGAACACCGAGAAGGAAGUCAGUGAUGGAGGAAAGAGGUGUGGCCUCUGCUGAGCUCAACUAGAAAAAGAUGGCUAGAUAGGAAGAGUGCGGCUCAGUGGGUGGGUCUGGCAGUGCCCGCUGCUCCGGUGAAGCUCCACGGCGGCACUGAUGGAGGUCACGUUCUCUGCCGCGUGUGCAGGGAGGGGCAGCGGGCCCGUCUCAGACAGCAGUCACUUCAGCGGUCUGUCGUCCACCUGGGAAGCCGGGGAGCUGCUGCACCUGGUUCUUGUCACGCUCGGUGUCUGCAGAUCCACACUUCUUGCUGGUUCGUUCACGGGGAGUCAUUUUCUGGAUGUCUCCGUAGUGGCGCUGAGAUGUCAAGCCCUGUGUUCCGCCGUCUGGUGGUCACAGCCAGGGAAGUUGCUUUCUUGAUUUAUUACACUGUCGGUGAUCUCCAGGGAGUCCCCGGAUGUCAGCAGGAGUGUGUGGUAAAUGUCUCGUUGAUGGGGUCGGAGUGCUGCGUGUGCGUCCUGUGGGGACAGAGCACGUAUCUGGGGUGAGGGAAUGCACCCCAAUCCCUGGGGCUCGUGUUACAAACACAGACGCCGGGAGGUUCUCGAUGAGUAACGGUGGAGGGGCCACGGGUGUACACCACUGCAGUAGAAACACUUGCUUUACUGAACGGUUCCGGCGGCACAUUUUCAUAAAUGUGUGAUUUUCCUGGCUCUCCAGGCAAGUGAGAUGCCUGUGCAAUUGACCGGAUGCCGACACGGUGGAGAUCCUUAGCUGGAGCCAGUAGGUGUCAUUGACACUUGUGUUGACAGGAGGGGCCAUGCCAGAAACUGCUGUCCCAUCCUGAUGCGGAUCCUUCCUGUUUUGAUGAGCCAACCCCAAAAGAAAGCUUAUUUAUUACUGUCACUUCCAAAUAUAAGGGGGUGGACAUUGGUAAAAACGGUAGCUAACUCUGUUAUUAAGCUAAACUUAGAUACUGUUCGUUCCUUUGAUUUUCUGUAGCCCCUUAAAAAAACUUUGAAGUCACUUUAGGUGGUUAAAAUAAAUGUUAGUAAUUUGUCAUUGAAAAAAAGUUCGCUGCUGCUCUUAUUAUGGACAGAAUUCCCGAGAGCUGGCUGGGCCAGGCCCAGGCUAGAGAAAGUUCGGUUUGGUCGUCACACACAACCACAACAGACAGGGCUGUUUUGACCUCCGAGCUCAGCUGUGGCAUUGAGGCUGACUGCCGGCACUCCUCCCCUCCUGACAAAGGACCCGUCCUAGGACCUGCCCACCUCCCAGAAAAGGGUGCCCCCUCUCCCAUGCCGAGGGUGACUCCUCAGGGUAACCAAACAGGACUGAGAGCACUGCCAGCGACCACGGUGACAGUUCCCGGGCGAGCGACAGGUCUGAGGCUGCAGCCCGAUGCCAGGGUCCAAGGGAGGUUCCACCGGCUCAUCCUGAGCUGCCAUCGGGCAAGGAAAAUUAGCUCCCUGUUUAUGGAAUGUUCGGGAAAAUGCCAAAAGCUCACAGCUGGGAGUGCAAUCCCCCUGCCUAGGAGGAGAAAUCAAAGUGCCGCGCUUGCUUGGGGGUGAAAGCGAGUGUCUCACACUUGUCUGCGCCCCAGUGAGGCCCCUAAAAAUAAAACGAGCCAGCGCUGCAUCGGGCCACUUACAUCAACGAGGCCUGGGAGACACGGGCACAGGCGACACUGGCUGCAGAGGGUACUGCUGCAUUCACACCGUAAAUAGACGUCUCCAGGCUCAUUCUAGUGGCUGUCAGGACAGACAGCCCCCGGGCCCUCGGCGUUCUGUACAGUUCUAUACCUGUGCGCGAUACCAGUUUCCUUAAAAUGGAGAGAUUGGUGUUUCGUGCAAAUAGCUUUCGUUUUCCCCAUCUGGAAGUAAUUUCUUGGUGCAUAUUGGAGCAUGAAAUACUGCAGUUAAUUAAAGCAUUACUGGUUGUCA